UUCCCUCGUCAUCCUUCCACCCAGUGGCAUCCACUAAAACCUCACCUCUCAAGCUAAGUCAUGAGCACCCUCCAACUCGCUCUAUCUUCUUCUGCUUCUUCCUCUUACUCACUCUUCUUCUCUCCCCUCUCCAAACGCAACGCCCUCAACUCUCUCCUCUUCUACAAACGACGUCGUCGCCUCCCUCUCUCUCACUCCCACUCCCACUCCCACUCCCACUUCACCCCUCACUUUCUCAGACCUCGCCUUCUCUCUUCAGUUGCUGCAUCGGAGAAUGGAGCCUACAACAAUUCUUCUCCUGAGAUUGCAAAAUCUUUCGACUUCGCUUCGGAGGAACGUAUAUACAGUUGGUGGGAGUCUCAAGGGUAUUUUAGGCCAAAUUUCGACCGAGGAAGCGAUCCUUUUGUGGUAUCAAUGCCGCCUCCUAAUGUUACCGGUUCCCUCCACAUGGGACAUGCCAUGUUUGUCACCCUUGAGGAUAUUAUGGUAAGAUACCAUCGAAUGAAGGGAAGGCCAACACUUUGGCUUCCUGGGACUGAUCAUGCUGGUAUUGCUACUCAGCUGGUUGUUGAAAGAAUGCUAGCAUCUGAAGGGAUAAGCAGAGCUCAAAUGAGUAGAGACGAAUUCACAAAACGAGUCUGGCAGUGGAAAGAAAAGUAUGGUGGGACCAUCACGAAUCAGAUAAAGAGACUUGGUGCUUCUUGUGAUUGGAGUAGAGAGCACUUUACCCUUGAUGAACAGCUAAGUCAAGCUGUAAUUGAGGCAUUUAUUAGGCUUCAUGAAAAAGGCUUGAUUUAUCAAGGUUCAUAUAUGGUGAAUUGGUCUCCUUCUCUACAGACUGCUGUUUCAGACCUGGAAGUAGAAUAUUCAGAAGAAUCUGGACACCUAUAUUAUAUAAAAUAUCGCGUUGCUGGAAGGAGUGACUUUCUGACAGUAGCUACAACACGACCGGAAACUUUAUUUGGUGAUGUAGCUUUGGCAGUUAAUCCAAAGGAUGAACGUUAUGCUCAGUUUAUUGGUCAGAUGGCAAUUGUGCCUCAGACAUUUGGCCGUCAUGUUCCUAUUCUUGCUGACAAGCAUGUUGAUAAAGAGUUUGGAACUGGAGUGUUGAAGAUCAGCCCAGGACAUGAUCAUAAUGAUUAUUUUCUUGCUCGGAAGCUCGGACUUCCAAUACUCAAUGUAAUGAACAAGGAUGGAACACUAAAUGAUGUUGCUGGCUUAUACAGUGGCCUUGAUCGUUUUGAGGCUCGAAAGAAACUAUGGGCAGAGCUUGAGGAGACAGGAUUAGCUGUUAAAAAGGAACCACAUACUUUACGAGUUCCUAGAUCUCAGCGUGGUGGAGAAGUGAUAGAGCCUCUUGUCAGUAAGCAGUGGUUUGUAACUAUGGAGCCUCUUGCUGAGAAAGCUCUUCAAGCUGUUGAGAAAGGAGAGUUGAAGAUAAUUCCAGAAAGAUUUGAGAAGAUUUACAAUCACUGGCUUUCCAACAUUAAAGAUUGGUGUAUAAGCAGACAACUAUGGUGGGGACACCGGAUACCUGUUUGGUAUAUUGUUGGGAAAAACAAUGAAGAGGAAUAUAUAGUUGCUAGGAAUGCUGAUGAAGCACUUGAGAAAGCUCACAAGAAAUAUGGAAAGGAUGUAGAAAUAUAUCAGGAUCCUGAUGUUCUUGACACUUGGUUUUCAAGUGCACUAUGGCCAUUUAGCACUCUUGGUUGGCCAGAUUUAUCAGCAGAGGAUUUCAAGAAGUUCUAUCCAACUACAAUGCUUGAAACAGGGCACGAUAUAUUGUUCUUUUGGGUAGCAAGAAUGGUGAUGAUGGGGAUCGAAUUCACGGGAACUGUUCCAUUUUCUUAUGUUUAUUUGCAUGGACUCAUUAGGGAUUCACAGGGGAGAAAAAUGUCCAAGACAUUAGGAAAUGUGAUUGAUCCCCUUGACACAAUCAGAGAGUUUGGGACAGAUGCUUUACGAUUCACACUAUCUUUAGGAACAGCUGGCCAGGACCUUAAUUUAUCCACUGAGCGGUUGACCUCGAAUAAGGCGUUCACCAACAAAUUGUGGAAUGCUGGCAAGUUCAUAUUGCAGAACUUGCCUGAUCAAAAUGAUGGACCUGCUUGGGAAAGCUUAUUGUCUAACAAGUUUGAUUGUGAAGAUUCUGUACUUAAUCUCCCUUUAUCAGAGUGUUGGGUGGUGUCAAAACUUCACUUGCUUAUUGAUUCUGCCACCGCAAGCUAUGACAAAUUUUAUUUUGGAGAAGUGGCACGAGAAACAUAUGAUUUCUUUUGGGGUGACUUUGCAGAUUGGUACAUUGAGGCUAGCAAAGCACGCCUUUAUCACUCUGGAGGCAAAUCAGUUGCUGCAGUAGCUCAAGCUGUUCUUCUGUACACAUUCGAGAACAUACUCAAACUUUUACAUCCUUUUAUGCCAUUUGUAACUGAGGAGCUAUGGCAGGCACUCCCCAACCGGAAACUUGCCCUUAUUGUAUCACCUUGGCCACAGACCCAACUCCCAAGGAACACCAGCUCUAUAAAAAAGUUUGAAAUUUUGCAAGCUUUGGUUAGAGCUAUCCGGAAUGCUCGGGCAGAAUAUUCAGUUGAGCCUGCAAAGCGGAUAUCAGCAUCUGUGGUUGCAAGCAAUGAAGUUAUCCGAUAUGUAGCUGAAGAAAAAGAAGUUUUAGCUCUUCUCUCUCGGCUUGAUUUACAAAAUCUUCAUUUUACGAAUUCUCCUCCAGGAGAUGCAGAUCAAUCAGUUCACCUUGUGGCUGGUGAAGGACUAGAGGCAUAUCUCCCUCUAGCUGACAUGGUUGAUAUUUCUGCUGAAGUUGAACGUCUUACAAAGCGCCUUUCCAAGAUGCAAAAGGAAUAUGAUGGAUUCAAAGCUAAACUUAGUUCCCCAAAGUUUGUAGAGAAGGCCCCGGAAGAUGUGGUCCGCGGAGUGCAAGAAAAAGCAGCCGAAGCUGAAGAGAAGAUCAAUUUAACCAAGAACCGUCUUGCCUUCUUGAAGUCAAACAUUCUAGUUUCAAAUUAGGCUUGAUCAGUCAUCAGUGUGCUAUGAGUUCAACUCAAUGUCAAUCAUCUUCAACUUCAUCUGCAGUAAUGGUUACUCGAUUGGCAUCUGUUGUUGUAAGUCCUCCUUACAUAUUAGCUGGAUAUUUAUCAGUUCCUCUAAUUUUCAUCAAUAGAGUGUACACAUUUUUCAAAACUUUGGUGGUUCCUGUGAACAUUAAAAAGUAAAAACUAAGGAAUUAAGUUGCCUCAAGGGCUGAACAAGGAACCAGCGCAACAGCGUACACCGGGACCUGCUAUUAUAAAUGUACAGUUAGUGUUGCAAACAUUAUUUUUUGACUACACUGAUGCAAUAAUUUUUUUCCAUC